CUGCGCCUUAGGGGACGCGCCUGCGCACUGGAUGCGAACUCGCUCUAGUCGCUGUAGUCGGGGCUCGGGACCGGCUGCCAUCUUAGUGGAGGGACUGAGGAGUCGUCGCCGCCCCGAGUCCCGAUAACAUGCAUUUCACAGUGGCCUUCUGGAAACAUCGCCUUAACCCAAAGAAGUGACUCAACCAGUGAGAACUUCAGGUUUGCUGUCUUAUUGAUGGUAUGUCUGACAGUGGAUCACAGCUUCAUUCAGUGGGUAGCUUGACCAUGAAAUCACAACUUCAGAUCACUGUCAUCUCAGCCAAACUUAAAGAAAAUAAAAAGAAUUGGUUUGGACCAAGUCCUUAUGUAGAAGUCACAGUAGAUGGGCAGUCAAAGAAGACAGAAAAAUGUAACAACACAAACAGUCCCAAAUGGAAGCAACCCCUUACAGUUAUUGUUACCCCUACAAGUAAAUUACAUUUUCGUGUGUGGAGUCACCAGACCCUGAAAUCUGAUGUUUUGUUGGGAACUGCUGCAUUAGAUAUUUAUGAAACAUUAAAGUCAAACAAUAUGAAACUUGAAGAAGUAGUUAUGACUUUGCAGCUUUUAGGUGACAAAGAGCCAACAGAGACAAUGGGAGAUUUGUCAGUUUGUCUUGAUGGACUGCAAGUAGAAGCUGAAGUUGUCACUAAUGGUGAAACUUCAUGCUCAGAAAGUACUUCACAGAAUGAUGAUGGCUGCAGACCCAAAGAUGAAACAAGAGUGAGCACAAAUGGAUCAGAUGACCCGGAGGUUGCAGUGUUGGGGGAAAACAAGAGGGCAAAUGGGAACAACUCUCCAUCCCUUUCAAAUGGUGGUUUUAAGCCUUCUAGACCUCCAAGACCUUCGAGACCACCUCCACCCACCCCACGAAGACCAGCAUCUGUCAAUGGUUCACCAUCCAUCAAUUCUGAAAGUGACGGAUCUAGUACAGGCUCUUUGCCACCAACAAAUACAAAUGUAAACACAAGCACAAGUACAUCUGAAGGAGCAACAUCUGGGUUAAUAAUUCCUCUAACUAUAUCUGGAGGCUCAGGCCCUAGGCCACUGAAUACUGUAAGUCAAGCUCCUCUGCCACCUGGGUGGGAGCAGAGAGUAGACCAGCAUGGGCGUGUUUACUAUGUAGACCAUGUUGAAAAACGAACAACAUGGGAUAGACCAGAACCUCUACCUCCUGGUUGGGAACGGCGUGUGGACAAUAUGGGACGUAUUUAUUAUGUUGACCAUUUCACAAGAACAACAACGUGGCAGAGGCCAACACUGGAAUCUGUCAGGAACUAUGAGCAGUGGCAGCUGCAGCGCAGUCAGCUUCAGGGAGCAAUGCAACAGUUUAACCAGAGAUUCAUCUAUGGGAAUCAAGAUUUGUUUGCUACAUCACAAAAUAAAGAAUUUGAUCCCCUUGGUCCUCUGCCCCCUGGAUGGGAGAAGAGAACUGAUAGCAAUGGCAGAGUGUAUUUUGUCAACCACAACACUCGAAUUACACAGUGGGAAGACCCCAGAAGUCAAGGUCAAUUAAAUGAAAAACCAUUACCAGAAGGCUGGGAAAUGAGAUUUACAGUGGAUGGAAUUCCGUAUUUUGUGGACCACAAUAAAAGAACAACCACUUACAUAGAUCCACGUACAGGAAAGUCUGCCCUAGACAAUGGACCUCAGAUAGCCUAUGUGCGAGACUUCAAGGCAAAGGUUCAGUAUUUCCGGUUCUGGUGUCAGCAACUGGCCAUGCCACAGCAUAUAAAGAUCACAGUGACAAGAAAAACAUUGUUUGAGGAUUCCUUUCAACAGAUAAUGAGCUUCAGCCCGCAAGAUCUGAGAAGACGUUUGUGGGUGAUUUUCCCAGGAGAAGAAGGUUUAGAUUAUGGAGGUGUAGCAAGAGAAUGGUUCUUUCUUUUGUCACAUGAAGUGUUGAACCCAAUGUAUUGCCUGUUUGAAUAUGCAGGGAAGGAUAACUACUGUCUGCAGAUAAACCCCGCUUCUUACAUCAAUCCAGACCACCUGAAAUAUUUCCGAUUUAUUGGCAGAUUUAUUGCCAUGGCUCUAUUCCAUGGAAAAUUUAUAGAUACCGGAUUUUCUUUACCAUUCUAUAAACGUAUCUUGAACAAACCAGUUGGACUUAAGGAUUUGGAAUCUAUUGAUCCAGAAUUUUACAAUUCUCUCAUCUGGGUUAAAGAAAACAAUAUUGAAGAAUGUGGUUUGGAAAUGUACUUCUCUGUUGAUAAAGAAAUUCUAGGUGAAAUUAAGAGUCAUGAUUUGAAACCCAAUGGUGGCAAUAUUCUUGUGACAGAAGAAAAUAAGGAGGAAUACAUCAGGAUGGUAGCUGAGUGGAGAUUGUCUCGAGGUGUUGAAGAACAGACACAAGCUUUCUUUGAGGGCUUUAAUGAAAUUCUUCCCCAGCAAUAUUUACAAUAUUUUGAUGCAAAGGAGUUAGAGGUCCUUUUGUGUGGAAUGCAAGAGAUUGAUUUGAAUGACUGGCAGAGACAUGCCAUCUAUCGUCACUACACUAGGACAAGCAAACAAAUCAUGUGGUUUUGGCAGUUUGUUAAAGAGAUUGAUAACGAGAAGAGGAUGAGACUUCUGCAGUUCGUUACUGGAACCUGCCGAUUGCCAGUGGGAGGAUUUGCUGACCUCAUGGGGAGUAAUGGACCACAGAAGUUCUGCAUCGAGAAAGUUGGGAAAGAAAAUUGGUUACCCAGAAGCCAUACCUGUUUUAACCGCCUGGACCUCCCACCCUACAAGAGCUACGAGCAACUGAAGGAAAAGCUGUUAUUUGCCAUUGAAGAAACAGAAGGAUUUGGACAAGAGUAACUAUUGAGACCUUAGGCCAUCAGAGGACAGGGACUCAUCUACAGUGCCUGCCCCUUCCUUCUCUGCCUGUUGCACACCUUAUUGUAAACUUGGACUGUGACUAGAGAGCUAUCUGAGUGUAAGUAGAUUAAUGUUAUCCUUGAGAUUUAUCUUCCAGUGAUUCUGGAUUUCUACUCAGCAUCUCCAGAAAGCAGAUCUACAAACAGUAGUCAGAAACUUACUUAACAUGAGAUUUAACACAGCGAUAAAAUCUCCCUUGUCUUAUUCCACUAGAUUGUUCCCUUAACAACAAUUUUCUGUGGUGUCAAGGUCCCACUUGGGAGUAGGUCUCUUGGUGGCUGUUGUAAAAAUUCUGCAGACACGCAGGGACAUCUCCAAAGCUGCAAUACACAAGGUCUUCCUGGUAAAGCCUCUAGCUAGGAGGUGCUCGACAACAGUGCAAGCUCAGCCCCGCGUCGGCACUUGAGCAACUGUCGCUUGUGCUCUCCCUCUCAUUUCAGCCUGGCCUGACUGUUGGUUUCAUCUCUGGAGCAUGAAUCAGUGCGUCAUUCUCACGUUAUUCCUGGAAGUGACGCAGGACUCACAUCUUUCUACAAAGUAGUUUUUGUCUAUUGAAUUCAGGGAAAAAACUUGGUCCCCGCCGACAUAUGACUUCAUACCUCUCUUCAGUUUAUAAUUAUUUUAUUGCCUUGCAAAUACUAAACUUUACAAGCAGUAUUAGCACUGUGGUUCCUUUACAUUUUAGAAGUUAACCUAAAAUUAAAAUUAAUUUUUCUGAAUUCAUCUAAGAUCAUUCUUGAUUUUUAAGUCUUACACAUAAAUAGAAGCUUUAUGGUUUUAUCAUAAUCCAACACCCCAGUUACAUUUCUAAUCCAAAUAAAGGUCAGUGGUGCAGUCUUUGAAAUCAGGACAAUAUCAGCAAAAGGACAGUGUCCAACAGCACAUUUGUGCUGUUUUACACUUCUGCCACACACAGGAGCAGGCGUUCCCGUCUUCUCACAUGGUCCUGAUCUGCAAUAUUUUUCUCACCCCUAAAAACAUUAGAUUUUGCUUUUUUCUUCAUGACUCGUUCAUUUUAGACUGCUCCUUUAGUAGCUGAUGAAUGCACUUUGACUUUCUCUGUACUCAGUUUCCUUGGCUUCGCUUAGACUGUCAGGAUGGCUGCUGCCGUAGAUAAGACUUCAUGAGCAAUGAAAUGAAGCCUCAGCCAUGUCAGUCCCUAUUAUAGCCAAAUCCCCAAAACAGCCUUAUAACUCCAGCAGGGACUUUUGGACACAUGUCGUUAGCAUAGCAUGAACAUGAAGCAUGAAGCCAAGAGUACACAGAGAGUGACAAACCCCUGUUCCAUAGGAAAGAAAAUGUUCUCUGUCCCUAGCUGCUCUUCUUGUUCUCACCCUGGAACAUUCUGAACUUGUGCGGCUGUACUCUAACACUGCCAUUGAUGGUCAGCGGAGACUCGCGUGACUGAGGAAGAGUUGCCUCAUCUAGAAACCAUCAGUGAAGGGAAGCCCAGCUUCUCCCAGCCCUCUUUUUUACCCUGUAUACCACAGGAAAUACAUCAUCUCUAGAAGCCCUAGUUAUCUCCUAAGUAGGAACUCUCUGCCUUUUUGUUGGUAGGGUUAAAAAAUAUAUAUGCUAUUGCUUUGUCUUACAGAGCGAAUGUCUGCCAACUACCCAUUUACUACAUAGGCUUGGACUUUAAUAUAUGGCUAUAAAUACUAAGCCUUCUACAAAGACCUCCCAUUGGAUCAAAUUCUUGUACUGAAAUGUAGUCAUCUACCAUAUCCACUAGAGAUUUAUGAGAUUAAAUUAAGAAAUAAUGUAAGAAAAUAGGCUUUGUUGAUUCUGCAUAAUGCUUCAUGAUUCAUUUAGGGACCUAGAGAUAUUAUGUGAAAAUGUAUAAAUAUUACCCAAAAGGCUUUCUGCCCUAUAUUUUUAAAAUACAGAAGUUAUAUUUGAAGUAGUCCUGGCCCUAGUUCUAUAGGGCUUGGCUAUUUAAUAUUUUUAUGGAAGAAAUGUUUAGUUCUGGAAAAGGUAAAUGCUUGUAUAUAUUUUUGCAGCCCUGGGGUCUCCCAACUCCAUUUCUUCCUUUAAUUUAAUUGAUCACAUGUAUAUGUCUUCCCUGCUGUGUUAGGAAAAUGGGGCUGGAUAUCCCAAGAAUCAGAGAUUAUAUAAAAUAAUGCAACUAGACAGCAGACAUAAAUAUUUACCAAAUGCUCUCACAUUUUGGUUCAAAGUGAGUAUUUGGAAAUUGAUUUAUUGUGUUUAAUUAGUGCUUUUUCUUAAAUCCAGACUAAGUUGCUUUUAAGACCUUUUUCUCUGUAAGCAUUGUAAAUGCUAAUCAAUCCUGUUAAGUUUUUUUCUUACUGCAUGUUACAUUGAAAUAAAAACAGUACAGUGAGCAUUUGCCUUUUCUGUUGCUCUUUGGUGGGUUCCACAGCAGGGUCAAUAGGGAAGGGGCUUGGGUAUUUGAUGAGACGAAGUAAUUUAAAGCCAACUGAGCAAUUGAUAGCAGGGACCUGUGGUCUAGAAGCAUUUAUGUUUAGAAGUUAUUUAAAUAACUCUUUAAAAUUCAGGUACUUUUGUCACCAAAGGAUCCGCUCAUCUGCUUACCAGGUGUCACUCUAAAUGACUGUUUCAGUCAAGCCCUUGUCACUUUUUUACUUACCUGGUGAAAUUACCUGAAAUGUUUUCAGGGUAACUCAUGUUUGUGGUCUAAAUUUCUUUCACUACUUCAGUGGGGUAUCAUUGGCAUUUCCAGCCACCACGCCCUUCUGUUUUUCUUUUGGACUUUCAAGUGUUUGUAUAUGCUUCCAUCAAGUCAACCAGGGACUGGCAUACUUGCCUGUCCCUUCGCUUUCUUAGACUGAUUUAAAAUGCUCAUGUAACUACACAUCACAGGAAGGAGGUUGUCUCCCUUGGAUUCCUUUAAAAGAUGUAAGACUGUUUAUAAAAAUUAAAGUUUUUGAGUCCUUCA